AGCUGUGAGAACAGAAGGGCUGAGAUGCUCGUGAAGAGAUUAAACGUCUGCUAGAACGCAGGGGUCUGAAACAGAGAGAUAGUAAUAGGGACAGAGGGAGCGAGAUUGGGAAAAGAGAGGGAAAGGAACAGAACUAAAGCUGAAGGUAACAGAGAACCCAGGCUCUUGGGAUGCUUCAACUUUACUGCAGAUAUUUUUAUUUUUACUGUAAAGCCAACACUUAAAGUCAGAGGCCUGAGGCCCUUUCAGCCCUGGAACCAGUUUGGAUUUGUGUUUCAGCCCUCAGUUGGCAGAUCGCCAUUAUUGCCGUCAAGUGAGAAGCUGAAUAGCCUCAACCUAGUCUGUCCAUAUAAAGACUUUCUGUUUGUUGUGGGAAGCUACCAUAUUGGUGCCAACUGGUAACCGUCAUUUGAAAGACUCAAUCUCCAACUUGAGCUGGGAAUUUUCUGAAUCAUUAAAUGUCUGAAGAGACGCAAGAAACCCUUGGCUAAAGAGUUCUUUUGAGGAGAAAUGAUGAUCCUGUUGGUUAAGUAACGUGUACACAACAUUUGAUAAAUUCUCUUGAGAGGAUUUGUGGUGGCUAUUCAGUCACAGCUGGGAGUAAAACCAUCAACAAAGAGCAAAAAAAAACAGCGAAGCUCAUCCAGUUUUGGAGCUAUGCCCUUUCCAUCUCCUCCCUUCUUGCCUUACUUUUCUCAUCGAUCCGUUUUUUUCCUGGGACUGCUUGUUGUGGUUCUUCGGGGGCCCUCGGAGGUCAGUUGCCAGAAUGACACUGAACCAAUCGUUUUGGAGGGAAAGUGUCUGGUGGUCUGUGACUCCACCCCCUCGGCUGAGCCAUCGGGUAAUGCUCUGGGAAUGUCGGUGAGGUCAGGAACUGGUCGCGUGGCGUUUUCAGCCAUCCGAAACACCAACCAUGAGCCCUCGGAGAUGAGCAACCGAACCAUGACCAUCUACUUUGACCAGAUUCUAGUAAACGUUGGCAGCCACUUUGAUCCUGCGAGGAGUAUCUUUGUGGCCCCCAGAAAAGGAGUCUACAGUUUCAGCUUUCAUGUUGUCAAAGUUUACAACCGGCAGACAAUACAAGUGAGUUUGGUCCUGAACGGCUGGCCGGUGAUAUCAGCUUUCGCAGGUGAUCAGGACGUGACCAGGGAAGCUGCCACCAAUGCUGGACUGGUGAUAAUGGAGAGAGGGGACAAGGCUUACCUCAAACUGGAGAGAGGGAACCUGAUGGGAGGGUGGAAGUAUUCCACCUUCUCUGGGUUUCUGGUGUUUCCUUUGUAGAUCUGCUUGCGGUAGGAUGAAGAACCUGUUCUUGUUGUUGCACAGGGGAAGUAAGGGAGGGCCAGCUUUGAAAACAGAUUGUAUAAAGAAAGAAAGGAAAUUGGAAAGAUCAUUGAACACAAGCUGAACACUAUGCUGAAGUUGGAAGUGACAGCAAACUGGUUUGAUGCAAUGACUCAUAUCAAAUUGACUUUGCACCAAAUAAUUCUGAAUGUAGUCUACAUUUAUGUUAUUCUACUUUGUCUAAGUCUUGUCUAACUACUGUAUGUGUUGUAUAUGCUUGCUAACAACCAGGUUUCAACCUGUCAGAGGAUUGUAAUUUUGAUUUAAGCCCGGCGUACACUGUAUGAUUAUAUACUAUUUUUGGGGGAAUGUCAGCUCACACUGUACAACUGAAUCAUUUGCAACACACAAACCAAAGCUCACAAUUUACUGUAUGUGCACAGACUGUAUGAGUUAAAUCAGGAUGGAGCAUUCACAGUUGUCAAUAGAUAUAUGUGUAUUUUUGUCUCGUAUGCACGGCUCAAAUUCAAACACCGGCAAAAACUUACUCACUCACUCUCUCUAUCACACUCAGCGUGAACGAUAAACACAAGCUGACUAGCAGCUACAUCAUAACAAAUGUUCCCUGUCAGAUGGAGGCCUGCAGAUAUUUCCUGCCGAUGUUUCUUUCAUGAUUUGAGGGGGAGACAGAAACAACCAUGCCUGCUGAUUUUCGGACGCAAUUGUCUGUCAAUUUGUGUAGGCAGUUUCUUGGUUUUAAUAACAGUUCAUAGCUCCAGUACAGGGGUGUGCACAAAUCAUUUGGGAGGAGGGGGCCCAGGAGAAAGUUGUGGACACCCACAGUUGAGGAAUCGGCUUGUGGCUCUGCGCGAUUUUUUAUGUGCCAAACAUGCCAGAAAAUCAUCAGUCCGGUUGGGAGCAGCUGAUUGGGCUGGGAGGGGCCAUCGUGCAGUCGUCCGACUCAAAAUACGGGUUUAAAUUUGCCAGAAAUUGUACAGUGAACGCCGCCUUUACUGCAUGGAAUACAGAGCUACAAUUGUUGAAUCAAUAAAGAAAAUCAUGGUGUC